ACUUCCAGAAAACCGCUCACGACACCACCGUAACGACCAAGGCCACCGUGACGUGACUCGCCGCCGCCUCCACGCUCGAAUUUCUCUUUCUGGAGAAGCCUCGUUCUCGUUAUCCACGGCUUAGCUAAUGCAUUCGUCCAAUUCCGAUCGGACGGUGGAGGAUGACGACCGUCAACCAGCGACCCGGCGAAUCCGACGGCUGGCCUUGCAAUUGAACCCGCCGCCGGCUCGCCUCGACAGCCGAUUCGCCGGAGUCCUCGAGAUGAUAUCGUGCGCCGCCCGUGCGAAGCUUAGCGUGAGCACUGGGCGGCUCUCGCACUAUAUGAGAGGGAAGCACAGGGAUAUACAGGAGAGAGUGUUCGAGUAUUUCAAUUCGAGGCCGGACCUUCAGACGCCGGUUGAGAUCUCCAAGGACGAUCACCGCGAACUCUGUAUGAGGCAGCUUCUCGGUCUGGUCUGGGAAGCCGGGAUUAGGCCCUUCCGCUACGUCGUUGAAGAACCUGGCAAGUAUUUCGCCAUUGCCGAAGCCGUUGGCAGCGUUGACAUGUCGCUUGGGAUCAAGAUGGGGGUCCAGUUUAGUCUUUGGGGAGGUUCUGUACUCAACUUGGGGACUAAAAAGCACAGGGAUAAGUACUAUGAAGGUAUUGAUAAUAUGGAUUAUCCAGGAUGUUUUGCCAUGACAGAACUUCAUCACGGAUCAAAUGUCCAAGGCCUUCAAACUGUUGCGACAUUUGAUCCACUUACAGAUGAAUUCAUAAUUGACACACCCAAUGAUGGAGCAAUCAAAUGGUGGAUUGGGAAUGCUGCGGUUCAUGGCAAGUUUGCGACUGUUUUUGCAAAGCUGAUGUUGCCAACUCAUGAUACAAAAGGAACUUCUGAUAUGGGUGUUCAUGCCUUCAUUGUUCCAAUUAGGGAUUUGACGACCCACCAAACACUCCCAGGGAUUGAAAUACAUGAUUGCGGUCACAAGGUUGGUUUGAAUGGUGUGGAUAAUGGAGCAUUGAGAUUUUGUUCUGUAAGAAUCCCUCGAGACAACCUCCUUAAUCGUUUUGGAGAUGUCUCCAAGGAUGGGAAAUACACAAGCAGCCUUCCAUCUAUUAAUAAACGCUUUGCUGCCAUGCUAGGGGAGCUUGUGGGGGGAAGGGUUGGUCUUGCAUAUUCUUCAGUUGGUGUACUCAAGAUUGCAGUAACAAUUGCCAUCCGAUAUUCUUUGCUCCGCCAGCAAUUUGGUCCCCCAAGGCAGCCUGAAAUCAGUAUUCUUGACUACCAGUCUCAGCAGCAUAAACUUAUGCCUAUGCUGGCUUCAACUUAUGCAUUCCAUUUUGCCACACUGGCUUUGGUGGAGAAAUAUUCUGAGAUGAAGAAGUCCCAUGAUGAUCAAGUGGUGGGGGAUGUCCAUGCACUUUCUGCAGGCUUGAAAGCCUAUGUGACCUCAUAUACAGCAAAGUCAUUGAGCACCUGCAGGGAAUCUUGUGGAGGCCAUGGCUAUGCCGCUGUGAAUCGAUUUGGAAGUUUGAGGAAUGAUCAUGACAUAUUUCAGACUUUUGAAGGGGACAACACUGUGCUUCUACAACAGGUAGCAGGGGACCUCCUGAAGCAAUACCAGCAAAAAUUCCGAGGUGGGACACUUGCUGUUACAUGGAACUAUUUGAGGGAAUCCAUGAACUCCUAUCUGUCCCAGCCAAAUCCAGUAACAGCUCGGUGGGAAGGUGAAGACCAUUUGCGAGAUCCGAAGUUCCAAUUAGAUGCUUUCAGGUAUCGUACAUCUCGGUUGCUUCAAGGUGUUACUGUACGACUGAGGAAGCACUCCAAGAAUCUUGGGAACUUUGGUGCUUGGAAUAGAUGUUUAAAUCAUCUACUGACCCUUGCAGAGUCCCACAUUGAAUCUGUCAUCCUUGCAAAAUUCAUUGAAGCUGUGGAGAACUGCGCUGAUCAAAGUACUCGAGCCGCUCUUAAACUCGUCUGCGACCUUUACGCCUUGGACAGAAUCUGGAAUGAUAUAGGAACUUACCGCAAUGUGGAUUAUGUGGCCCCUAACAAAGCUAAGGCAAUUCACAAGUUGACAGAGUACCUCUGUUUCCAAGUGAGAAAUAUCGCUAGAGAACUCGUCGAUGCACUUGAUCUCCCAGAUCAUGUCACCCGUGCUCCUAUUGGCAUGCAGUCAACUGCAGAAGCCUACUCUCAGUACACCCAGUAUGUAGGAUUUUAAGUCAGCAAAUACAAAUACCAGAAGAGAUGCAGAAGCUUGUGAAAACAGUAUUAUCUUUUUCUUUUGGUAAGUGAAUAGGGAGAAUGUCAUCCUGAAAUUUGAAGAACAAGUGUCAUGAAAUGUUGAUUUUACCAAAGAGCAUCAAAUGAAUAAUGUCUAAGAAUCUUUGAUUUGCUGAA